UUUGUUUGUACCGCCGUCGGAGAUAUACCAUCGGCGCUGGGGAGCAGAAACUGCCCGCCGCCGCGGAACUCAAAUUACGAUUAUGAACUGCGGGAAAAAGGAGGCGCCAUGAACAAAAUAAUUUUAUUUUCAAGUCCGUGCUUCAUCCCCUCUCUCACAUUCAGCGGCCUUUCUCGGAAUCAAAAUCCAAAUCUUUUUUCUCUUUUUCCGCUUCAGAUUCGAAUCUCGAUUUGGUUACAGUUCCCUCUGCGGUGGAGAAUUCCGAACCAAUCUCGUUGGAUCUCUGGCAAACUCGCAAAGUCGAUCGCUUUUCAUCGACACCGUCCCUGGGCGUUCAGUUCUUCGGUCUCCGACGACUUUGUUGUAGCUAGGAUUGUCGAAGAAUCAGCUGAUGCUUUGUUCUCUAUAUUGGAUUCUUCAGUAAGCCAUGUCGAGCUUGAAGUUUGAGGGUUUCUGCUAGGGCUUCUUGGCCCCAAUUUUGGGAGAAAUCAGCUGCUUCCGGUUGCUCCAAACUUCUAUUGCCUUUAAGGGUUCGAAAGCACUUCAAACUUGGUCGCUGGGAGUGUUUACGGUGAUAAAAGGUGUUUUUUGACCUGGUACUGUAACAAAUUGGGUUUGUUUUGUAGUUGCUAACUGCCAAGUUUGAGGCUUGGUUUUGAAGAAAUAUGUACGGAGAUUCGGAUAGCAGUACUGAUGAUGAACUUCCAUCAGCUCCAAAUAGAUUCCAACCCGGGGGACGACCUGCUGGGAAUGGAAGGUCUGCAAUGCCUGGGUCUGCUCCCUUAGCUAGGAUGCAUGCUGAUAUGGAAGUUCAAAUUCACGCUAUUGAACAAGAAGCAUAUACCUCUGUUUUGCGGGCAUUUAAAGCUCAAUCAGAUGCCAUCACCUGGGAAAAGGAAAGCUUAAUUACAGAACUCAGGAAAGAGUUGAGAGUAUCAAAUGAGGAGCAUAGGGAACUUCUAUCCAGGGUCAAUGCCGAUGAUACCAUCCGAAGGAUGAGGGAAUGGAGAAAGAUGAGUGGAAGUCAACCAGGUGCACAAAAUACUUCCCAGCUUGGGCACGAUCAUGUUCCUAGUCCAUCGGUUUCUGGAUCACGCAAGAAACAGAAAUUGUCACAAUCAGUUGGCUCGUUAUCCAUGGGUGGCCCUCCUGCAUUGCACCCACCAAUACAAGCAUCUACAUCAGCCGUAAGACGAGGUCCUCACCCUGCAUCUAAGAGCAAGAAGCCCCAGCCUUCUAUGCAGUAUCCAUCUACGAGCUUAGGUUCUGGCAGGGGCCAAGUCGCUACUAGAGGACCUUCUGCUGCAUUCCCGGCCAAUGGGCUUGCAGUGAUUGGAAGAAAAGGUACGCAUUUUUUGGUAUAUGAUAUAUACACUCCUAAUGAAACACGGGAAUGGGUCAAUCUCAAAGAGAUACCUCCUGAAGACAUUAGGUGGGAAAGCGAACCCAUCUACUGCAACGGUGGUCGUGCUGGACCUAGACCGAACAAGAAGUCCAUGCCGCGUGUUGGUGGUCCCCCUGGAAGAGGUAGAGGGCCCACCACGAAGGGGCCUAAGAAAGAUCAUCUUCUGCCAUUACAGAACGGCACUCGUAAAAAGGUUGUGGGCGAUAUCGAGAUACUUCACACUGAUACCCUAAUAAAAGAGGUUGAGAAGGUCUUUGGUUCCAACUUUCCUGACCCUAUGGAGAUCGAAAAAGCAAAGAAAGUGCUUAAAGAUCAUGAACAAGCUCUUGUAGAAGCAAUCGCAAGGCUUGAAGAUGCUUCAGAUGGUGAAAGUGGUAAUAUAUGAUAUAUAAUAUUGAUAACCUUAUGUUCAUAUAGGUAGAUGGUGUUCAAAAUAAAGAUUUGCAGUCUUCUUGUUGUAUCAUCUAAGUUUAAACUUUUUGGAUGUUCAGAUUUAACCUGUAAUAUUUAUGCAUAAAAAUCCGUCUUCUUAGACUUCAAAAGAUUGUCAAUCUAGGAUCUUUUUGCCGCACUUGAAUCUAUGUUCAUUUACCUUCAAAAGAUUGUCGAUCUAGGAUCUUUUUGCCGCACGUGAAUCUAUGUUCAUUUACCUUCAAUUUAAAUCUCAUCCAAACAAAGAUGGGAAAACAGUUGAACUGUUCAGCAAUGUUGAUGGUACAUUGAACUAUAAGAUAAAACAAUGCAAUCUUUCUCUGUGUUUAUUGAAAGCAGAUGGGGGAAGAACACAAGUUUCCCGUGGACAAUCAUUGGAUCAAGAACGAUCGAGAAAACAGGUGUACAACGAUAGUCUCCCUCUGGAAGGGAACAAAGAGGGUCAGGGAGGAUAGAAAGCUGGAUUGUAUGAUGAUCAGUAGUGUGCCAUAACUUGUACAAUAGAAUGCUACAAUUCGGUAGGAGCUAACCAAAUACAUGUGGCUCUGACUACUUAACAAUGGAAGAUGUAACCUUUGAUUUGAAUCUCCCUUUUAAUUUUCUGGUCCUCGCUACUUGGAUAUUCCAUUCCUUGUGUAAAAUUGCUCCGAAUGAGUAGUCCUUGUUUGGCAGGAAAUAAAAACCUCCUUUGAAAUUUGCUCUUCAAUGCUAUCUUUGUGGAUCUACAACCAUGAAUGAUGACACAAUUGAUUCCAUUAUCCUCUGCUCUGUGUAAUGGUACUACUGCAGACGGAACCUGUUUAGACUUGUCGGUUCAAGGUACAAUGAAGUAUGAUAGCAAAACUGUGUAAUAACUGCUAUAGAUCAUGAUAAGACCACAUUGAUUUGAUCACCGAUUCUCAUUUGAUUCAUAUCAAACAGUGGGAAAUGUAUCACAAGCACUGACCUAAGUACCUGCAUAUAAACAAUAUAAACUAUUUGGGAUACCAUGGUGGGCCGGUGAUCAAACCGAUAUGAUUUUAUCACACAGUUCUAUAGCAAUUCUUAAAUUGCUUUGCUAUCAUACCUCCACCAUACCUUUUCGUUAGUCUCGCGGGUUAAGCUUCAAUGAGGUCCACAACAUUCUCUACACCGCACGGAGAAGGAGCAUGAGCAUGGUGAUAGAAGCAGCAACCCGAAUCAUCAGUUACUACCAUGAACAAACAUACAGACUACAACCACGUACCAUCAUCUGUCGUUAACUUAUAAAGAGGCUGCAAAAGUGAGGAUGAGGUUGACCAUCUGAGCAUCAUAAGCAGGACCUUCCAUUUGGAAAUGGCCGGCCCCUUCAAUAAGAUGGGUUUCGACUCGGCCAGCAGCAGACUUCAACUUGUUCUGCAGCUGUUUAACGCUCGUGAACCCGUCCUGUGUUCCCAUAAUGAAGAGCUUUGGUUUCUGAGACUGUAGGAUGGCCUUGUGAUGCCUCCCAAAUAGCACGGAGGCCAGCAUACCGAAAGGGUACCCUAUGCUUACAUAGCCGACAACUUCCUCAAUCUGAUCGACGGAAGACCCAGCAAUUGGUGAACCUGCAGAGGAACCCACCAAGAGAAUCCUUCGGGUGCCAAGAUUCUCGCAGACCCAUUUGCAAACGGCGAUCACAUCCUUGAUUUCAGAGAACCCAGUAAGGGAAGCCCGUCCCGUGGAUCUCCCAGCUCCUCUCAUGUCGAAGGUCACAGCUUUAUAGCCUCUCUCGGCCAACCCAAUUGCCAUCCCUUUCAGUAGGGCUUGGCAGCCGCCCAAAACCGUAAAUGGGUGCACGAGCACAAUCACCAAGUCAUCCCUGCCGCCGCCUGCUUUGUCUUCUGCUUCUUUAGGCUUGAAGAACCUGGCAUGGAGCUUGGCCGCCCCGUCGCUGGUCUCCACUUUGGUGGACUCGACUGUGUAGUUCGACAUGACGGGGAAUUUCGGAAUGGAGAGAAAGCGAGAGAGAGAGAGAGGAAGAAAGAAGUACUAAUAACAAAUAGGGAGGGAUUUUUAAGGCGUGGUGGUUGUUUGGUGGAAUGGUUAAGCUGAACAAGAGAGAACGAAAGAAGGAAGGGUGAGCAGGAAAUGCUUCAAUGGAGGAGAGCAUUUGGUUCAUAUCACAAUCUGUC